AUGAGACAUUAAUCAAUUGGAUAAAAAAUUAAUAUUGAAGGAUCAAACCUAUUUUUAAGUGAUGAAUCAAGUUACUCCUUCAAACCUAGAUUUUUAAAACACAAAAAUUUUUAUACAAAGAAAUCAUUGUUUGAAUACCAUUAUGUGACUCCAACUUAAAAACACGCUAAGGAAAUUCUUGAUAAAAUAUGUCAUGUGAAUAAAAAAGCAAUAAUUACUGAGAGACCUGAAUCAUCUUUUUAAAAAAGAAAAGAAUUUUCUGUAGAUUAAUGUUUAAGUACAAGAGGAUCAUCAAUGCAAAGAAAAUAAAUUAGAAUAAAAUCAAUAAAUAGAUCUAAUAUUUAAAACAAAUUAACAGAUUAAGAUUGGUUAGCAUUUGUGUUAGAUUGA